GAACAUAUUAUUUCUCAUCAAGUGGUCCUUUAUUACCUCUCUCUCUCUCUCUCUCUCUCUCUCUCUCUCUCUCUCUCUCUCUAUUUAUCUCUGUAUCUCUAUCGAAGAGGCAAACAAGAGAUCAACUCCUUCACCACCAAGCAAAACAAGAGAAGAAGAGAUGGAAAGACAGUUGGAGAUCAAAGAAUCAAGCGAUGAUCAGUACUCUUCUUCAUGUUUUUAUGAACCUGGAGAAGGAGAUCAACAUGAAUCGUCAGUCAAGUGGAUGUCAUCAAAGAUGAGAAUUAUGAGAAAGCUUAUGUGUUCAGAUCAAAAUAAUACAGUAAGAAAGGUUGAAAGAAGGCGUCAGAAAAUUCAAGAUGAUCAGAAGAAGAAAGGAAACAAAGAUCAGAGCAGCUGUGGGAGUAGCAAUAAUGGAGGAAUCAGUAGAGUUUGCUCUGAUUGCAGCACAACAAAGACACCCUUAUGGAGAAGUGGCCCUCUUGGGCCAAAGUCUCUUUGUAAUGCCUGUGGCAUAAAGCAAAGGAAAGCAAGAAAAGCAAUGGCGACUGCAUUAACUGCAGUGAGCGGCAAACUGCAGCCAGUGGUCACCAUCAAGCCUCGAAUGAAUAAGGCAUUGAAGGUCGAUUGCAGUGUCCCUUUCAAAAAGAGGUGCAGGUUUUUUACUUCAGCUGAGACUUCUCAGAGGACGCUUUCAUUUGAAGAUAUUGUAAUAAGCUUAAACAAGAGCUUAUUAGCUUUAAACCGAGUUUUUCCUCAGGAUGAGAAGGAUGCAGCAAUCUUAUUAAUGGCUUUAUCAUCUGGUAUUGUUUGCAGCUUAUGAUCCUUAAAUUUACUACCUGUUUAAAUGUUUUGUACUGAUUAAGCGCUUGUGGAGUGAGUAGAUUAAGGCUUCGUUAGGAUGAUUUUUUUGCUGUUUUCUAGAACAGUUUCUCAGUAUAAAAUUUUUUUUUAAUUAGAAUUUUUUUUUACUAAAAAACUGUUUUAAAAAACAGUAAGAAAGUUGUCCCAAAUGAAGCCUAAGUUCAGGAGAGAAUUAUGAAGCAACAAAGUGUCAAAGUUUAAUUCUAGUAUGAAAGCUUUUUUUUUUUCACUUUCAUUUCUAAUCUUCUUUGUUGGAACAAUUGGAAUAAUAUUGUUACUCAAGUUUGUUCA